AUGAGAGCUCCACCGCCCCUCAGCCACGCGGACGAAGCGGGAAAAAGAAGAGGAGGGCAACAGCCGCGACGUCCGCUGUUCGCAGCUCGCCGAUCGAGAAUAGGGCCAAGCAAGAUCCUGCGCCGCAGAAAGACUCCCAUCGGUGUCUCUUUCGCGGCAGCAGCGUCAGGGGCGACCUCCGCCGUCCCAACUGCGUCGGCCGCUCCCACUCCCGCCGCAUCCGAGGCCGUGCCGACACCUGAGGCUCCUGCGCCUCCACCACAGCUGCUAGUGGCGGAACCGGGAACUGCCUCUGCCGAGGCGUCGCGUCAGCCGGACCGCGCCCCGCCAACCGCCGGCGCGGGGGUCUCCGCCCCGUGGGUGCCCAGCGCUCAGCACCGUCAGUCGAGCAGCCCCAGGUGGACUCUCACAGCGAAGCAGCCGCGCCUCCCCCUUCCAGCGACGGGGCCGCGCCGGCUGCCUCCGCCGCCGACCUGGCCAACCUCGUCGCGCAGCUCACUGCCCUUGUGA